AUGGUUGCGGUCACUGACGCCAAUCGGUCCCCUAUCAUAGGGAUCCUAGCGUUGCUUUUCGCCGUCAUUUCGACAUUAUCUGGGGCUGCACGGCUGGGGAUCAAAUAUGCCAUCACUAGAAAAUUUACGGUAGAUGACCACCUGAUCUCGGUAUCAAUGGCCUUCAGUGUGCUACAGACAAUAUGCAUUACCAUCGCCGCGCGCAAUGGCUAUGGGGAGGCAGAAAGUGCUUCCUCACAAGAGCGAAUUGAUAUAGCUCUGAAGUCUGUUUAUGCCGCAGAAAUGCUAUACGUUGCAAGCUUGAAUUUCUCCAAGCUGAGCGCCCUGGCAUUCAUGACCUUUCUUAUGCAGCGCACCCGCAAGGUUGAAUGGAUACUCAUUGCAUUGAUCAGCGCCUGGGCCGUGGCGGCGGAAUUCGCCGUAGCUUUCCAAUGCGAUCUUCCGCAGCCGUGGAGAUGGAAUCAGAAGAGGUGUUUCAAUCGAGAUGCAUGGUGGAUGGUUUUCGGGGCGUUCAACAUCCUAAGUGAAGUCGCCCUGAUUCUAGUACCUAGUAUGCUCAUACUCCGGAUUCAAAUGGCGGUCCCUAGGAAAAUAGUUGCCAUCGCCUGCUUUCUCACUCGCUUCUUGGUCAUCGUUGCGAUCAUUCUCGAGCUUGUAUAUCGCCAUCAAAACAAUCACGCUCCAGACCCCUUGCUGGCAAUUUGGAAGGCUGCCGUCUGCGUCCAGCUAGUACAGUGUCUGUCAAUUGUCAUGGCCUGCGCUCCGCACCUGAAGCCGUUCAUGGACGGAUUACAGUCCACUGGGCUCCGAUUAUACUACCUUCCAGGCGAGACGUCUGAACGCGGAGAGUACGCUCGCGUGAGCAAAGCGAAGGCUGCUGCACACGAGCUUAGCGGGCACGUUGGGGUAGCCAACAGCACCGCUGUCUCGGCAGGGAGGGAACAGCAGGAUUGGGACGAUACUAUGAGCCACUCCAGCCAGGAUCAUAUCAUUCGAGAGACUAGAACCUGGGUCGUAGAAGAGCAGUAUAACCCGGAUGCUGCGACAAACCGACCGAUGGACAAUGAGUCCAAUGGCAGUCAUGGACUACACGAAUCAAUUAGCCAUUAG